CAAUCUACAACAUUUUAUUAAUCAGAUAUGACUGAAAAUCAGCACUUCGACGAUAUGUAUUCGAAUCAAGACUACGACAGUCAAUCAGCCCUUCGAGGUGAGAGUAAUCCAAUGUUUCCGGAUACCAGCUCUCACGCUCAGUAUCAGGAACCUAACCAUCUACAGGAGGCCAAGCAUAUAGAGGACAUCCGUUUGGGUAUCCUGCAAAAACGAAUUCAGAUGGGCCUAGGUCAUAUCAACCUACAGACUUUAUGGCGGCUUAGCGGUCCUCAAAAGCUAAGUCCUGAAGAAGAACAAAAGCGUAGACAGAGGCGGGAGCGCAAUCGUCAGGCAGCAGCUAGAUGCAGAGAAAGACGACGCCAGCGAGCCUACGUUUUGGUUCAGGAAACUGAGGAUCUUGAGAAUAGCAACGAUGAUUUGAAAAAGGAGAUUGAAGCGUUGGAGCAACAACGAUUGCAAUUAACGAAAGUGUUGAACGAGCACCGGCCGACAUGUGAAAUGCAAAUUGGAAUGAUGGGAGCCGAGACUACUGCGCAGUCGCAGUCGAGUAUUCCCUGUUCAAUGGAAACUGAACUUAGAUCGUCUUGUAUAGUGGAGACAGCCUCGCUUUGGCCCCCAUCGUCCAUGUAACUCUAAUAAUCACACACAUAAUCAUAUGGUCCUGACUCAUAAUAUUGUAACAAUGAUUAAUAUCUACAGAAGCCUCCUAUACAUUUCUACAACUUAUUGUACCUAUAUUUCUUCAUUUUUACAUCUCUGGAGAAAUAAGGUCAUUUAUUAUUUGUUAUAUGCAGGGGUACCAGGGGCGAAAGUAGCACUGAUCGAGAUAACCAUACCCGGGUCCGGGUGACCUUUUGGGUGAUAAUUUUUAUCUUUUUCUUUUUCUUUUUCUUUUCCUUUUUUUUUUUUUGAACUUUCCAAAAGGGUGCCGGGGCCGGCCCGCCCCCUCUAAAUCCGUCCUGCAUAUUUUGUAUACAUCCUCAUUCGUCCUUCUACUAAGCCUGGUUCCAAGAAUCGCCUUCAGAAUAUACGCUAAGUAUAACAGGCCUAUCACGUGGGACGACUAAUCAAUGAGAUAUUACAAGUGUUCACGGAGUUAACUCCAAGCUAUUUACAAUACAUGCCAACAAUAUAGGGAUACAUGUUUAUUUGAGUUUUAAAUACAUAUGUGCAAUGAGAGACACGGGCAGGCCUGCGUCAGACACUUCAGUUAUACCUCUCAGUAGUAUGAUUAACGCCAAAGGAGAUAUGUAUACUUUAAUGAAUUCAAUAAGAAAAUAUAAACAAUAUGUACAAUUGUAAUUGAUGCAUUGCAUAAUUAUUGAAAAUAGUCCAAGUCUCGUACACUUUUUAUUUUCCAUGAUAUUACACAAGUACUAUGAAGGCAUCGUUAAAACAUAUCUGGGUAUAUGUUUCUAUUAUGAAUUUGUCGUUUUCAUACCAAGUGUUUUGGUUUCGUAAAACAACAUAACCUUGAAGAAACUUGUUUAUAAACUUUAAGAACAUAAUCAUGAGGUAUGCUUGGCAGUUGAGAAUAGGCGUAUCUAUUACGUUUUAACUAGUUAAUAUUACUAUGGAUGAUUUUAACAUUGUACCGUUGAAAUGUUAGAGUAAACGCAUUAAGCCUGUUUUCCAUAAAAGCGCUACACGCUAUCGCCGAUAGUUUUCGGGGACGCUGAUUGGUCGGGCGAAUCGGGGAGCCGAUUGCAUCGGGGGCAGCUACGCAGUGUACAGAUUGCCGUGAUUGUAGUGUGAAUGUAAGCGAUUUUAUGUACGCGUUGUGCUGAGUACGACAGUCCAUAAUAACAUUUGUCCUAGGAGGUGGCAGAUUGUGUUAAGGCCAACUCAGACAGCGUCGUACGACGCAGCCCGACGCGAUUUGUUGUCGCGUCGGGUCUGUGUGAGUUAAACGCAGGCGCGAUGGUGUGCGUCGGUGGCAGUCGCGUCGUAGAAUAUUAAAUAUGUUUAAUAUUUCUCACGACGGCUUAAGACUGUCCCCGACGAUAAAUUGGGUCGGGCUGCGUCGGCCGACGCUGUCUGAGUUGGCCUUUAGUUUUAAAGUAACCAGAUUUAACUACUCAUACGGAAUUUUAAAAUGUCCGGUUAUAGAGUCAGUUUUCCAUGAAUAGGCCUAUUAUUUUACGGGUUACUGAUGAAUAUGAUAAAUGCCGAUAUGGGAAUAUCGGGAAGGAUACGGGUGUGAAAGCCACAUUUUAUAAAUAAUAUAUCACGCACAUUGUACACAAUUUUAUAAUAAUAUUUUUACAUUAAUUUUUUAUAUUACAAUACGUGCAGGACACGGUAUUUUUUGCAAAUGUAGAAAUAAUUGAUACGUUUAUAUAUUUAUGAUAACAAUAAAUAACAUUGACUUACUGGUUGAGUUAUAUGAUAUGUAUAAUAUUAUAUUGAAACAGUUUGAAUAAUAAAUAAAUAUAAAUUCUUAAAAA